GAUGCCGUAUAUCCGCUCUCUUUCUCCGCCAUUUUAUGUCGCUUUUCUAUUGUUCAUAAUUGAAGUUAGCAGGGGCGGCGGAGCGAUUUACUGCGCAUUAAAACAUUUUUGGAUAUUGCUCAGUGGACAUCAGCAAAAUAGGGUAAAGGAGCAAGAAUCCAAGGUCAUCAUAGAAUACGACACACGUGGAUUUUUCUCUCAGGGUUCGAUCUCAACCUCGGUCGGAAAAUAUGAUGGACGACGAAACACCCAAGACCCUGUAUGUUGGGAACCUGUCCCGGGAUGUGACUGAAGCCCUCAUCAUGCAGCUGUUUGGACAGAUCGGCCCCUGCAAGAGCUGUAAAAUGAUAGUAGACACGGCAGGUAAUGACCCAUACUGCUUUGUGGAGUUCUACGAACACAGGCACGCUGCCUCGUCACUCGCAGCCAUGAAUGGUCGUAAAAUAAUGGGUAAGGAGGUCAAGGUGAACUGGGCCACAACCCCUAGCAGCCAGAAGAAAGACACAAGCAAUCACUUCCAUGUCUUCGUUGGAGACCUCAGUCCUGAAAUCACCACGGAUGACAUCAAGGCUGCUUUCGCCCCCUUUGGGAGGAUAUCUGAUGCUCGAGUGGUGAAAGACAUGGCCACUGGCAAAUCUAAAGGCUAUGGCUUUGUGUCCUUCUUCAACAAAUGGGAUGCAGAGAAUGCCAUCCAACAGAUGGGAGGUCAGUGGUUGGGAGGACGGCAGAUCAGGACUAACUGGGCCACCAGGAAGCCCCCUGCGCCCAAAGCCACCUACGAGACAAACACCAAACACCUGUCGUUUGAAGAGGUUGUGAACCAGUCCAGUCCCAGCAACUGUACCGUCUACUGUGGAGGUGUCACAACAGGCCUCACAGAGCAACUGAUGAGGCAGACCUUCACCCCCUUCGGUCAGAUCAUGGAGAUCAGAGUUUUCCCAGACAAAGGCUACUCAUUUGUGAGGUUCAACUCCCACGAGGGAGCGGCCCACGCCAUAGUGUCAGUGAACGGGACGUCCAUAGAUGGUCACGUGGUGAAGUGUUACUGGGGGAAAGAAACCACAGACAUGGUCAGCCCCAUGCAGCAGGUACAGAUGCCUCAGGUAAGACCACAGCAGAACAAAAUAGGUUUUGCAGCUCAGCCCUACGGCCAGUAUGCCCAGUGGUACGGUAACGCCCAGCAGAUUGGCCAAUACGUCCCAAAUGGGUGGCAGGUACCCACCUACGGAGUCUAUGGACAGGCCUGGAACCAGCAGGGAUUCAACCAUUUACAGGCGGGUGCUGGGUGGACGGGCGUGGGAGCCGUCAGUAAUGGUGGUGUGGUGGAGUCUGGACAGGGAGUCAAUGGGACUGUGCUGGCCAACCAGUCCGGCAUGGGCACCGCUGGCUACCACACCCACUGAUCAGCGUUGGCCUGGCGGCCCAGAGUCGUCCUCCUACCCUCCACAACAGGGAUCCUAUACAGGGGGUGGGGGGGCCAACAUGUGCCCUGUCUUUUACAACAUGAUUAAGAACUCUAUGACGGGGAGGGGGGGGGUUCCCCUGUCCGUCCCCCCCACCCAACCUGGUUUUUACAUGUAAGUUUUAUGGUGGAGAAGAGGAGGAAACGCUUGUGUGUGUCAUUGGCGAUAGAGUUGCCCAGUCCUGGUAUAUAAGAUACACACGUGUGUGUGUGUGUAUACAGUACCAGUAAAAAGUUUAUUCCAGUGUUUUUCUUUAUUUGUAUUAUUUUCUAGAUUGUAGAAUAAUAGUAAAGACAUCAAAACUAUGAAAUAACACACAUGGAAUCAUGUAGUAACCAAAAAAAAGUGUUAAACAAAUCAAAAUACAUUUUUAUAUUUGAGAUUGUUCAAAUUAGACACCAUUUACCUUUACAGCUUUGCACAUUCUUGGCAUUCUCUCAACCAGCUUCAUGAGGAAUGCUUUUCCAACAUUCUUGAAGGAGUUCCCACAUGCUGAGCACUUGGCUGCUUUUCCUUCACUCUGCGGUCCAACUCAUCCCAAACUAUUUCAAUUGGGUUGAGGUCGGGUGAUUGUAGAAUCCAGGUCAUCUCAUGCAGCACUCAUCACUCUCCUUCCUGGUCAAAUAGCCCUUACACAGCCUGGAGGUGUUUUGAGGUUUUCCUGUUUAAAACAACUUAGUCCCUAUAAGCGCAAACCAGAAGGGACGGCGUAUCGCUGCAGAAUGUGCCUUGAAUUCUAAAUAAAUCAGACAGUGUCACCAGCAAAGCACCAUCACACCUCGUCCUCCAUACUUCACAGGGGAACCACACAUGCAGAGAUCAUCCGUUAACC